AUGAAGGAGACUCCAACCCAGGACGUGCCCAAGAAAGACUCCGAAGAUGCUGUUGAAGGGCAGUGCAAGACUGCUUUAAACCUUCUCAAAGAAAAGCUGAUAUCUGCACCAAUUAUCCGGGCUCCUGACUGGGAUUACCCUUUCGAAGUGAUGUGUGACGCCAGUGAUUACGCGGUGGGAGUUGUUCUGGGUAAGAAAAUCGAAGGGAAAAGAAGUUGCGAGCGUUGUCAACUAACCGGUGGGAUAUCUGCACGAGAUGAAAUACCACAAGUACCGGUUAUUGUCUACGAGCUGUUUGACAUAUGGGGGAUGGAUUUCAUGGGGCCUUUUCCCUCAUCAUAUGGAAACUUGUAUAUUUUAGUUGCAGUUAACUACGUCUCUAAAUGGGUAGAAGCCAAGGCCACGAGCACGUGCGAAGCGAAAAAGCUUUGCAGGGAGGACAGCGACUGGGAGAACGCGUGUGCAGAGAAAGGACAGGCGAUGUCCAAUCAAGAGGCAGAGCUCUCAACCGUCUCUCACGUGAAGCAGCGUGACCUGGAAACCGUCUGUAGCUGA